CCGUGUGUCUGGAUGUGCUGUGUGUUUUGCGUACAGGAGGGGAGCCGCAGAUCCACUUCGGAGCAUCUCAGAGCGGAGGACGGGAAGAUGCGGACAGCGGUGUGGAGCGCUGCUGCCGGGUGUGGACACACAGGACGCGGGGACAGUGAUGAGUGAACUGAUUUGUGUCAUUACCGGGGUUGUUGGAUUUUAUUUUUCCAUCGAGUGAAUCUGGACCGGGGGGAACUGAAAUGGAGCGUCGAUCCAAAGCGUGAGAGGUGCUGACGGUCUGUCUGUUUGUGGGCUGAUAUUACAGACAAUAAGCAAAGGAAAUCAGCAACAGUGGCGGCUCCUCGUUUGAACUGACAGAUAUAUGUGUUAGUAAUUUUAGGUGCUGCAGCCAUUUUUCAUUAUGUUAUGACCAAGAAGCCAUACUGAAUGUAUUAUUAAUUCAUUAAAAAGACAACUGGAAAAUUGGCUUAUUGAAGGCCUCCUACAAGCUACUAAUCUAUUUUAAUUUAGAUAAGACACUGUUUUUUAUUGCAUGAGACAAAAGCCAAUCAUGUCAAAGAAUAAGAGCAGUGAGUCAGUGAAGGUGGUAGUUCGAUGCCGUCCUUUGAACAGGAAAGAGGAUACCAAUGGUCUUCCAGGAGGAAUUGUGCAGAUGGAUCUGGGGCUCGGACAGGUGAUCCUCAGAAACCCUCGUGCACCACCAAGCGAGCCCCAGAAAACAUUCACGUUUGAUGCAGUCUAUGAUGCAAAUUCUAAACAGAGAGACCUUUAUGAUGAGAGUGUGCGGCCAUUGAUAGAUUCAGCGCUGGCAGGGUUCAAUGGCACCAUCUUUGCUUAUGGGCAGACUGGAACUGGGAAGACAUACACCAUGCAGGGAGCAUGGCUGGACCCAGAGAAACGAGGUGUGAUUCCCAAUGCUUUCGAUCACAUUUUCACACACAUCUCCCGCUCCCAAUCUGACAAGCAGUACCUGGUGCGGGCAUCCUACCUCGAGAUCUAUAGGGAGGAAAUUCGUGAUCUCCUCAAUCCAAACCCAGGCAGCACCAGAGGUCUGGAGCUCAGAGAAAGUCCAGAAACUGGGGUGUAUGUUCAGGACCUCACAUCAUGUGUUUGCAAGAGUAUCAAAGAGAUUGAGGAAGUAAUGAAUGUGGGCAAUCAGGCAAGGGCGGUUGGAGCAACAGACAUGAAUGAACAUUCAUCCAGGUCCCACGCCUUGUUUUUGAUUACGGUAGAGUGCAGCCAGCCUGGACCAGAUGGAAGGAAACAUAUUAGAGUGGGGCGUCUUAACCUGGUGGACCUGGCAGGUAGUGAACGCCAAACAAAGACUGGUGUCCAGGGAGAACGCCUGAAAGAAGCUGCCAAGAUCAACCUUUCCCUAUCAGCCUUGGGGAAUGUGAUCUCAGCAUUGGCGGAUGGACGCAGUGGCCAUGUGCCAUACCGGGACUCAAAGCUGACCCGGUUGCUGCAGGACUCUUUGGGUGGGAAUGCUAAAACCGUCAUGGUGGCCACGCUUGGCCCGGCAUCCCAGCACUAUGACGAGACCCUCACCACCCUCCGGUACGCCAACCGUGCCAAGAACAUCCAGAACCAGCCCAGAGUCAACGAAGACCCCAAAGAUGCUCUGCUGCGUGAGUUUCAGAGGGAGAUUGCUCGUCUCAGGGCCCAGCUCAACCACAGGAAGUGGAGGAGCAAACAGAAGAAAGAGCAGAUGGACGGCGAGUGCUGGGACAGAGAUGGGGAUGAAGAGACAGAGUGCGAGGAAGAGGAGGUGGAGAAAGAAGCAGAGGACUAUGUGAAGUUGGAGGAACAGCGGUUGGAGAGGGAGAAAGAGGCCAUCAGAGAAGAUCAAUUCCUCUUGGCUGAAGAGAAGCAGAGGCUGCUGGGAGAAAAGGAGAAGAUGAUGGGGGAUCUGAGGAAGGAGCAGGAAGCUGCAGAGCAACUUACAGCAAAGUAUAAGGCGAUGGAGAGCAAGCUGCUGGUUGGUGGAAAAAACAUCAUUGAUCACACCAAUGAGCAGCAGAAGAUGCUGGAAAUGAAAAGACAGGAGAUUGCUGAGCAGACGAGUAAAGAGAGGAAGAUGCAGCAGCAGAUGUUGAUCCAGGAUGAAGAGACAGUGGAGCUGAGAGAGACUUUCUCUUCUCUGCAACAGGAGGUCGAGGCUAAGACCAAGAAGCUUAAGAAGUUGUACGCCAAGCUCCAGUGCAUCAAAGCGGAGAUUAAGGACGUGAACGGCGAGCACGUGAGGAGCCGGCAGGAGCUGGAGCAAACUCAGAACGAGCUCACCAGAGAGCUCAAGUUCAAGUAUCUGAUCAUAGAGAAUUUCAUCCCUCCGGAGGAGAAGAACAAGAUCAUGAACAGGCUGACAUUUGACCCAGAAGAGGAUCAGUGGAAGUUCCAGCCUCUUGUUCCUGCUGAGAGUAAAUCCUCACAGAUGAAGGAAAGGCCGGCAUCUGCAGUUGGAUACAAACGACCUAUCAGCCAGUAUGCCAGGGUUGCCAUAGCGAUGGGUCCUCAUUCCAGAUACAGGGCUGAGAACAUCAUGUUUCUGGAGCUGGACAUGACUCUUCCAAACACCUCCUCAUUGGAUCGCUCGACUGAGGCAGAACCGAACCAAAGCCCUUCCCUGGAAAACUCUCCCACCAAGGAGAAAGGCGUCCGCAAGUCUCGGUCCUGGUGUCAGACCCCAAAAACCAUCACUUCCUCCUCUUCAAAUAAUUCCUUGGUGGCGUGUGUCACUGCCACCCCCACAGCAGCACAGUAAAGCUUUAGUGGAGAUAGCUUUUUUCUAUUAUUGUUUAUUGUAUUCCUUCACGUCCUCUUUCUUUUUGGUCAAUGAUCCUCUCAAAGACUUUUAUAUAAAGCCUAAAUCUGGGACACAAACACACACCAACCACCUCUGCUGACUCUGAGAAGUCAUCGAUUACAUGGAAACGAUCUUCUGACAGGAAACUAAAGGACCUGACCAACCUCAGAAACUCUAUAGAGCAUCAUUUCCUCCUCUUCCUUGAAUUGAAAGACCUAUUUGACCUCCUCAUUUUUCUCUCCUGCAUGAUUGAGAGCGAGAGCUUUGGAUUAUCCUUUUAAAAGACUUUGUGUGUGUGUGUGAGUAUGAACAAGUCAGUUUGUGUUUAUAGUUGUGACCAGUGCAGAUCUUAAAGCUCACAAAUUGCUCUGUAAGAUAUCUGUGUAAAUAUUUCAUGCAGUCAGGGUUUUCUGUGACAGGGUUGGUCUGUUUUAUGUGUAAAAGCAGGACUUUGGAGUCAGUGAGUUCACCUCUAUGUUGACGUUUGAAAUGAGCACUGUAAGAAAAAAGUAUACAAUAAUGUUUGCUGUUGUUGGUCAGAUGAGGUACUUUGAAACCUGAAUGAUGACCUGUUGUCUCCUGUCAUUCCUCUGUCGUUCCACAGUGUCAGAAAUGUCUUUAAAUAAUCUCAUUAAAAUGGAGAAUGUGAGGCAUGUCACACUUCAAAGAUUAGGAUUUUUUAUUCAUGCUGCGUGAAGUAGAAACAUGACAAGAAUAGAUUAAUUAAGUUUGGGAAAAACUUAAGUUUAAGAGUCUUGAAUGCAUUAAUUAAUUGUUAAAUGUGAAUAUUUGUACGUUACGUAAAAGAGGUUUGCAGUCUGAGUAAAGUUUUUUGACUGUUGGUCAGAGAUGAACAAAGAUAUUAUUUCCGUGUCAUUAAAUUUAACAGCCUCAGAAAUAAAGACAAUUAUUAAAUAUAUUAUCUAAUAUCUUGACAAUGAAAAUAAUCUCUACUUGAGAUCUCACAGUACUUUUAUGAUAGAUUAAUACCAUGACAUAUCAUGUGAAUUUUCUGUAUUAACACCUUAAGCUCUCAGUUAUAUUUGACUUAACAUUCCUAAAUUCCUCAAAUCUGUGGUGCCCUAUCUCAGCAUAAAAAAGUAGAGACAUGAAAUCAAGAACCUUGGACUGCUGUUAUAAACUGUUUGCUGCCCUUUUCCCCAAAGAUAUUUAUUAAAAAAAUAUCUGGUUUAUUGGUUGACCUCAUUUAAAAUGUGAUAAUAUCCCAACAUGACUGAAAAAGAGAAGUUUAAAAGCAUUAAUCCAGAUCUAAAAGGGAGUCACAUAAUGCCGUAGAUUGAAGACAAUGGAUUUUCAUGUCCUCCUCAUUGUUAAAAAAAAUAAAAUCAGCAAAAGAAUAUUUAGUGCCACCUUAAAAUGUAGAUCAUUAAUUAAAUUAUAAACUAAGCAUCAGUGAUGUAAAUACCUUCCUACCAAAGAACUUCUCAGCUCACUUUCUGCAGAGUUCGAUUCAAAUUUCAUUAUCAUAGAAAUAACCUUCUGGGCAGCCUCUUUGGUCAAUGUUCCUCAUUAGGCAACUAAAAGCCGACACAGUCUGAUCCUGGUUGUGUCCAAACCAAUAAGCUCAAAACAAAACAGAAGCCUUUUACAAGACAAAGACCACAAAGACUGGUUCAUUUAUUAAUUUGAUCAUUUUCUGUAUAGCGUCUGCAAAAUUAAACAAUAACUGAAAGCAUCACUGUGAAAUGGGAUGAAAACAUGAUCCAUUUUUAUUGUAGUACACAGGUUUGUUUAGACAGCGGUGAGGUGUGUACAGUUUAGUGUCACAGGGUUCUUCACUUCCUGGAGGUUAAAGGGGGCAAACGGUCGGGGUGGCGAUGCUGACUAAUCAUCACUGUAUUAUUAAUGCAACAGAUCCAGUUGCAGCUCAACCCCCCUCUCACUGAGUAUAGACAGAAUUUAAUCAGUGUGAAAGAGCAGCAUGUAUUACCAAAGUGCAGCUGAUCUGUUACAGACAUGAACUAACGAUGCAACUUUCACAACAAUAUUUGAGACUGUGGCAAAAAUCUUUGGGGAAAAACUAUCUUGCAUUAUUCUGACAACACAGCAGAGGCUCAGUCUGUGUGAGGUUGCAGAUACUUAUCUCCAUGAAGCAUUUAUAUGUCAGCAACCCUUAGAAAAGAAAUUAUUUGAAAUGGUUUAAAAAGUGUUCUUUCCAUGUUGUUUCUAGUGUGUUUGUGUCACUCUGUCUGGAUUUUACAUGUUAAAUCAUAUGUGGGUACAUAAUUGACCCAGUUUGUUAAGAGAAAAAAAAGUCUUGAAACGCUCUGAGGUGUCAUCCAAAUUUUUAUAUUUGUGUAAAAACAUAUGCAAAUAGACCUUUAAUUUAUGGAAACCUGUGAAAAAUCUUUGUUGUAUGUUAAACACUGUAAUAGUAGAAGAUAAUGUGCAUAUUAGGAGACAUUUGAGGGUGACAAGAUAGGAAGAACUAAUAAAAAUCAAGGAAAACAGCAGACAAAAUCUUAUUUACAGUGGGGGUAAAUGGCUCAUUUAAAUGUUUAUUUUACUUUUUGAUUAACCUUCUUGUGUCAUAUUGUUCCAACAUAUCUUUACAUGAUUAUCUAAAUUUAAGGGCAGGCAGUAAUGCAAGCAGGAAUGUGACUCUGCUGCAUAAUUAAAGAUUUAUGGCUAAAUGAGCUUUAUAUUUAAGCAGCAAGAAAAUCUGUUAAUUUACUAAGCAUUAGGCUAUAUCAGAAUCACCCACAUCUGUGUUAAGAUUGUAAAAUAUUGUACAAAUGUGUGUGUGAGGGCUGUGGGGGUUGGGGAAGGAGAGGGAAUGCUGCUGGAAAGGGGGGAUGGACAAAUGUAGGGAUCCAAAGACAAUCAGGAAGUGAGGAGUAACUGUGGAGGAGGUGGGUACUGAGCUUGUUUCCAUAGUAACCUGCCAGGAGAGGGUGUUGAAUGGGGUUGAUGGAGGGUUUGUGUGUCAAUAUGUAGUGUAUGACAUGGUGGGCCAGUCAGGCUGAGUGCACGUCUGGCUUGAAAACAAAAAGAAAAAAAAAAAUCCAAUAAAUAUACUGUAACAGC